GAAUCCUUCAGUCCAGUCUGUCCUUUGCUACAGGAAGAAUUUGCUCCAGUCAUCUUGUGCACAGCAGAAUCUUAUCAUGCCUUUCUUGGAUCUCGAUACCAGUCUUCCCCAGCAAAGUAUUCCAGAGGAUUUUGUUGAAAAGCUUUGCUGUGUUGCUGCAUCCAUUCUGGGCAAGGCAAAGGAAAAGGUGAAUGUAACGGUGAGGAGUGGGCUCUCAAUGCUCGUGAGUGGCUCCGCAGCGCCAUGUGUCCAGCUGGUAAUCACCUCCAUUGCGGUAGUGGGGACAGCAGAGCAGAACAAGGAGCAUAGUUCCAAAUUCUUUGAAUUCCUGACAAAAGAACUGAAUCUGGGACAGGACAGGGUUGUAAUACGCUUUCACCCUGUGGAGCCUUGGCAGAUUGGGAAAAAUGGAACAGUUAUGACAUAUUUGUGAUACCUCAGAGUCAUCACUGUUAAAGAAGAGACCAGACUGGGAUCCUCUCCUGGAACACAUUCCUGCCUCCUUUCUACAGAUACUGCACACACACCAUUACCGGUUUUCCUGAUGUUAGUGCAGUACUUGUGAUUUGUCCUGCAACCACUGGAAUCAUUGGUUUACCUUUUCAUGAGGGAACAUUUGAAGGAAUGUAUAUCGACACAUAAUGUAUUACCUAAAUUUAAAAUAAAACUGGUCAAUGUUG